AUGACAUCAAGAGAUACGGAGAAGCAUCAAGGAGAUUUGGAUCCAGAAUUAUUAGCGAAAGGAGUUAUCGACGAAGAAAGUGAAAUUCCGUACGUUCAUGUUCCAAUUACAUUUCCCAAUAUUUAUGGGAUAUGUAAGCAUUGUAAUAGAUCCAAUUCAUUUAUGAAUUGGUGUCUACCAUGCAUUUCCAAAAGGUUUCGACAACGACAUGAAGAUAAAAAAUGGACAAGUGGCAAUAAAAUUAUUGAUGAAUAUAUUGUUAAUGUACAAGAAAAUGCUGGUAGACCUUCCGAAGUGGUCGAAUGGAUACCUUAUGAGAGAAUGAUUAAUAUAAGAUUUUUCGAAGAAGAAAUGUACAUCGCCAAUUGGAUGGAUGGUUACAUCGUCGAAUGGGAUUAUGAAAAUAAUAAUUGGAAAAGAAAUGGGAUUGGUGUUGAAGUUUUAUUGAAGAGAAUCGAUGAAUCUUGUGUUUGUGCCAGAUUUCCCGGAGAUCUUUUGCAUAAGAUUAAAACGCAAUUUCAGUUGGAUACAUGGGAUAUUAUAAUCAAGAGUUACGGAAUUACAAGAGAUCCGUAUACCGGAACCUACUUCAUGGUCAUGCAUUAG